AUUGAAGUUUAGUGACAGUUAAUGAAUAUGUAAAUGAGAUAAGAAUGCAUCAAUUAGUACGAGAUAUGGGAAGAGACAUUGUUCGUCGAGAAGCAGCUGUGGAUCCUGGAAAAUGUAGUAGACUUUGGCACCAUUCGGAUUCUUACAAUGUCCUAAGAGGAAAAAUAGUAAGUAACUAAGCAUGUUUUUAUUUAAUUUGAAUAUCAUGUCACCUUGUUCCUAUGUACAAAGUUUUCCUUUUUUCCCUUUCCGAUAAUGGUGAUGUCUGGGUUAGUUUGGCGCACCAAUGGGCGGCGGAGUUAAUGAAGUGGAAGGGGUUCAUCCGAACGCUCUUCCUCGAAAAUCAUAUUGAAUAAAAAUCAAUUUUUCUUAUGUAUAUAGUUGAAGCGGAAGGUGUGUUCAAGUUAGAGCCACUGGAAAAUGCUGAUGCUCAAGUGCUUGCCAACAUGGGAAUUUCAAAUUUGGAACCUACGAUGAAAAGUAUUGUGGUUUCUCUUGUAUUUGGGCGUGCGUACAAUGCUGGAAGAGUUAGAAAUGAAUACCCAAACUUUGUACAAGAUGACAUAUCAAGUUCAUUUUCGCUAUCGCCUAAGGAGUUCCCCCCUCAGAAUAUGUACAACCGUGGUGUUUUCUCUACAUUUUUGCCUGGCGAAAGCAUACCGAAUUGGUUCAGCUACAAGUUCACAGAUGCAACAGAUGUCUAUCGCGCCCUACAAGAUGUUGAUGGCCGCAAAGUACUAAAUGGUUUGAGCAUUUACUUUGUGUACAAAUGUCCUGAAACACACACCAACUUUGGCUUGUCCGAUGGACCAGCCAUUUGGAUAAGAAAUCAGACAAAAGAUUUGAAUUGGGCGCUUUACCCUCCUUGGUUUGGCCUGCCAGAAGAUCAUGAAAGUGGGAUGAUGUGGUUUAGUUAUUGGAAAGUUGAGAAUUUGUUUCAACAAGGAGAUGUCAUUCAGGUUAUGGGGUCUCCUCAGUUUGCUGAAUUUAAAGAACUUGGGUGUUAAAAUUUUCUACCUUGAUGAGCAAGCAGAGAAUUCUGAUUCUAAUGUGACUACUAAAGAUGACAACCCAUUUGAAGAUAUUCUGAGGAACUACUUCAGUGAUGAUGGACGUACUUACUACAUUUGCACUUGAGAUUUGUGUGUGGUUGUCGCAAGAGGCGGAGCUAGAAUACGAGUCAUGAUUUCGGCCCAACUCAAUAGUUUUGAUCUAAGAAAUUCAUUCAAUGUGUAUAAACUAGUCAAUAUACCUGCGCUUCGCGCGAUCCUAAAAAGUAUGUUUAAACUAUUCUAAAAACUAUUCUGUACAUAUGUCAUAACCAUAUUAUAAGUUAAACUUACACGUAAAUUCUUACCAACUCCAUCAUAAGAAAACUCGCCGGAACUCCUCAUAGAGUUACCAAAAUGGCUUUGUCCUUUCAAACCCCGGCCCAAAUAUGAAGAAUAGACUCUUUACCAAGAUUCUAAAGGCUGGAGAUGUGUUCGUUUUCCCAUUUGGUCUCAUUCAUUUUCAAUUGAAUAUUGGAAAGAUUAAAGCUGUUGCAAUGUCUGGACUCAGUAGUCAAAAUGCAGGUGUUAUCACUAUUGCUAAUGCAGUAUUUGGCUCAGAUCCACCAAUCAGUCCUUAUGUUCUCACAAAAGCAUUUCAAGUUGAAAAGAAAGUUGUGGAUUAUCUCCAAUCACAAUUCUGGUGGGACAACAAUUAAAAAGAUAUUUCAAAAUAUAUUGAUCUACAAAUAUUUAUAUUAUGUUUGCUUGUGUCACUUAAAUAAGUAAUCUUGCUGCGGUAGGAUUUCCUCUCCAUUUUAGUGUAAUGUAUUGGAUGAAGAUAUGUUAUGGCUUAUUAUGGAAUAAAAUUAAGUUUGUUGUGUG